AUGGGUGGACAAAAAUCCAAAUCAACUGUUCGAAGUAUAAUAACAACAUCAGAUGCCACGCAACCAAGACGUCGGAUGGUUCAGGAUUAUCUGGUCAUUUGGGUCGAUGGUAACAUCGAUGAAAACACCGAAGAUUCCGGGAAUACGCUGGCACAAUUGCGCGCAGCAGUGAGUGAAGUGAAUGUGUGCACAACACCCGAACGAUGCAUCGAGUUCCUCAAUGAAAUGGACGAAGGAAAAGCUUUCGUCAUUUCAUCUGGUGCUUUAGGACAAAGCCUCGUACAUGACAUUCACAGCAUGCCAAAAGUGAAUACCAUUUAUAUUUUUUGCGGCAACAAAGAGCGCCAUGAACCAUGGGCGAAAGAUUGGCCAAAGAUUCGAGGUGUUUUCACCUCAAUCAAACCAAUAUGUGAAUCGCUCAAAAAGGUCGCCCGUGAAUGCGACCACGAUUCGAUUCCAAUGAGUUUCAUUCCAAAGCGAUGCACGUCAGAUGCAGCAUUGAACGAGCAAAAUCUUAAUCAGUUACCGUCAACCUAUAUGUACUCGGUGAUUUUCAAGGACAUCGUAUUAGAAAUCGAUGAUGAUGACACCAAAUCUAUUAAGGCUUUAGAAAUUUAUUGCCAAAAACAAAAUAUUCCUGACGCAGAAAUAAAUGAACUAAAGCGUACAUACCACCAGAAAUCACCAGUAUGGUGGUAUACAUGUGACAUGUUUCUAUAUGGUAUGCUUAAUCGUGGAUUACGAUCGCUUGACAUAGAAGCGAUGUCCAAGUUAGGCUUUUUUAUUCGAAGUCUUCAUCUUCAGCUAAAACAAUUGCAUCAGGAACAAGCAACAAAUUUCCAGAAACCAUUUACCGUUUAUCGUGGUCAAGGAAUGAACAAAGAAGACUUUCAGAAUCUACUAGAUUCACAAGGUGGUCUACUAUCGUUCAAUAACUUUUUAUCGACUAGCAUGGAUCAAAAAGUGACCACGAAUUUCGUUCAUGGAACCCUGCAAAAAAAUGAAGACGUUGUUGGUGUUAUUUUUAUUAUGAAAAUCGAUCCAAGUAGAAUAUCAUCUUUCAUCACACCAUUUGCAAUGAUUCAUCAUCACAGUGCUGUUCCAUCAGAACAAGAAAUUCUAUUUACAAUGCACACUGUUUUUCGUGUCGUUGAAAUUAAACAGACAGUCAGGAAUCAUCGUCUUUGGGAAGUACAAUUGACUAUUACUGAUGACAAUGAUCCACAACUUUCUACUCUAACCAAUCGCAUCAAAGAGGAGAUCAGCGGUAGAGGAUGGCAACGAAUGGGUCAAUUGAUGCUCAUAGUGGGUCAUCUUGGUCAAGCUGAAGAACUCUACAAUGAAUUACUCAAGAAUCCUUCUAAUGAUAAUGAUAAGGUGCAUAUCUAUCAUCAACUUGGAUGGUUGAAGGACGAUCAAGGGAAAUAUCCAGAAGCACUUAAAUUUUACGAAAAAGGCCUCGAAACAAUGAAAAAAACUCUGCCUGCGAAUCAUCCCUUAUUGGCUACUUCCUACAACAACAUCGGUGGUGUGUAUAACAGCAUGGGUGAAUACUCGAAAGCACUUGAAUUUUAUGAGAAAGACCUCGAAAUAACGAAAAAAGCUCUGCCUCCAAAUCAUCUCUCUUUGGCUACUUCCUAUAACAACAUCGGUCUAGUGUAUAGAAACAUGGGCGAAUAUUUGAAAGCACUUGAAUUUUACGAAAAAUCACUCAAAAAAAAAGAAAUAUCUCUGUUUCCGAAUCAUCCCUCUUUGGCUACUUCUUAUAACAACAUCGGUUUAGUGUAUGACAACAUUGGUGAGUAUUCGAAAGCAUUUGAAUUUUACGAAAAAUCACUCAAAAUAACGGAAAUAUCUCUGUCUCCGAAUCAUCCGUCUUUGGCUACUUCCUACAACAACAUCGGUCUAGUGUAUGACAACAUUGGUGAAUAUUCGAAGGCACUUGAAUUUUACGAAAAAUCACUCAAAAUAAAAGAAAUAUCACUGUCUCCGAAUCAUCCGUCUUUGGCUACUUCCUACAACAACAUUGGUCUAGUGUAUGACAACAUUGGUGAAUAUUCGAAGGCACUUGAAUUUUACGAAAAAUCACUCAAAAUAAAAGAAAUAUCUCUGUCUCCGAAUCAUCCGUCUUUGGCUACUUCCUACAACAACGUCGGCCUAGUAUAUGACAACAUGGGUGAAUACUCGAAAGCAUUUUUCUAUCUAGAAAAGGCACUUAGUAUUAAACAAAAGUCACUUCCUUCAACACAUCCCAGCAUUAAAAACGUAGUGAAUAUUAUAGCAGAAGUGAGCAAGAAGUUGUAA